UCGCUUCGAGAGGGUCUCCCGCUGUCGCACGCGUUAUCGACAGCGUUCGACACUGCUGCUGACAGUGAACAGCGCCCCACUCUGUCGACGGGAGCCUCUCCUGCUGGGAGGGUCGAUAACCUCAGGUGUCGAUCAGUACCAGUGGGCACCUCUUUAUCUGCUUCGUUUGGUCGCUGCCUGAUUCCACGACAUAGGCUGUGUCGUAGAAAAGCACCUAACAAAAUUUGUUGCACUGCGUUACCCACAUUCUAACAUCUGUCCCAAGAAUCUUAAAAGAAUUUGGAGAACCAUCUAACGAGGAGCAGGCUCCACUGCUCCGAUAAUCCUGUUGCGUUUAAUUGCACAAUCCACGCUGGUACUGCGACUUAGAAUACGGGAAAAUCAGCCGUCGCAGUGCGAGUUGCUUGUGCAAUGUAAUGCAAUCCACCUGUCACGCUAGUGCCACUGGCAGACAAGCGCCCGUAUCUCUGGCCUGUGAGGCAGACCCCACGGAGCAGGUUUCUGAGGACUGCCUGGGAGUGGUGUCCUAGUGAAGAGCGGUGAUUCGUGACUUGGACGCGUGUCGCCUGCCAUCCGACAACCAUGAGUCAAGAGGACCCCGACGAGCCACAGACGAUUACGGACGAGUUGGCCGUCCGCCAGGACAAGGACCUCGAGGAAGAGGCGGCAAGCCACCGGGCGCACACGGUGUUCGUGGGCGUGCACCUCCCGGGCCGCCGCCACUCGCACCACCGCCGCCAUUCGCACCACAGACACCACCGCUCCACCGACAAGGACUCCGGAGCUUCUGGGGACGAUGAGCGGCCCAUCACGCCUCCGGCGCAACGCGUCCAGUUCAUCCUGGGAGAAGAUGUGGACGACAACGCCCACGAGCCGCACCCGCUCUUCUCAGAGCUGGGGGAACUCGUCUACGAUGGCAACGAGAUGGAGUGGAAGGAGACCGCCAGAUGGAUAAAGUUUGAAGAAGAUGUAGAAGAAGGUGGAAAUCGAUGGUCUAAGCCACAUGUUGCUACUCUCUCUUUGCACUCACUCUUUGAACUCCGUUCUCUCUUACUCAAUGGCACUGUGAUGCUUGACAUGGAAGCAGCAUCUUUGGAACAGGUUGUUGAUCUUGUGCUAGACAAUAUGAUCAGUUCUGAUGCCUUACCAUUGGAAAGCAGAGACAAGGUGAGGGAAGUACUUCUCCGACGACAUAGGCAUCAGCACGAGCGUCGCAAGGAGAAUGCAACCAAUAUGUCACGCCUCCCAAUUAUUCGUUCUCUAGCAGAAAUUGGCAGAAAUCACUCCUCUUCCAAAAACUUCUCACAGGAGACACAGAAGGUACCUCAGCAGGUGAUCCGCAGUUCAAGCUGUCCUUCAUCACAGACAGCUCUGCUAGAUGUCCGGGAUAAUAAGGGGCCAUACCUUGCUGUUCCAGUGGAGGAGCAGCCAACAGGGUCUCAGCCAGCCAACACCACCAUCAACAGUAACAAGUUGGACUUUGGCCGAUUUCUUUCUGUCCCUGGAGCUGGGCCUGCAGGCAGCUCUCCACAGGGUGUAGCUCAGAGUCAAAGUUCGGUGUCUAUUAAAUCAAUGAAUCGAAACCAAAGUUCCUCUGCUCUUGGUGAAAUGAAUGGAGAUGGAGGGCAUCCAAAGGGUAAUGUGCAUUUCAUGAGGAAAAUUCCUCCUGGAGCUGAGGCAUCUAACAUACUUGUUGGAGAAAUGGACUUCUUGGACAAAACAAUAUCUGCAUUUAUACGGUUACGACAAGCUAAUUUCUUAGGUGACUUAACAGAGGUUCCAGUUCCUACGAGAUUUAUCUUUGUUUUACUUGGUCCAACUGGUGGAAUAGCUGGUUUUCAUGAAAUUGGGCGUGCGAUGGCGACUCUAAUGUCAGAUGAGGUGUUUCAUGAUGUAGCAUACAAAGCUAAGAAUAGAAAUCAUCUGCUUGCAGCAAUUGAUGAAUUUCUGGAUGCAGUGACAGUUCUUCCUCCUGGUGAGUGGGAUCCUUCCAUCAGGAUAGAGCCACCAGCAGCAAUACCAUCACAGGACCAGAGGAAGAGGCCUCCCGAAAAACAAAUAGAUGAAGAUGAUGAGGAGGAACAGGAACAGAAGUUAAGGGAAGAGUCUGGUCUGGCAAGGUCAGGCAGACUAUUUGGGGGCCUCAUUAAUGACAUCAAAAGGAAAGCACCAUGGUACUGGUCAGAUUUUAAAGAUGCUCUGGCCAUACAAUGUGUUGCAUCUUGGAUUUUCUUAUAUUUUGCUUGCCUGUCACCCAUUAUUACAUUUGGUGGUCUUUUGGGUCAUGCGACAGGAAAUAACAUGGCAGCGAUGGAAUCUCUGGUAUCUGGUUUUGUUUGUGGAAUAGGAUAUGGAUUUUUUUCUGGCCAACCAUUGACUAUACUUGGAUCUACUGGCCCCGUUCUUGUGUUUGAAACAAUCAUGUAUGAUUUCUGUAUGAGCCAAGGAUGGGAUUACAUGUCAUUCCGGUUCUGGAUUGGUGCGUGGAUUACAAUAAUUCUUCUACUGCUUGUCGCAUUCGAUGCCAGUGCAUUUGUCUGCUACAUUACUAGGUUUACUGAAGAGAACUUUGCGACUCUAAUUGCUUUCAUCUUCAUAUAUAAGGCAGUGGAAAAUGUUCUCAGCAUUGGAAAGAAGUUCCCAUUGGACAGACACAAAGAGAUUCUGAAUGAAUGUUUCUGUGCAACAUCUAAUGACACUGACAGUGCACUAGUAGUCAACUGGACCAAUUUAGAGCCGGCUGGAUGCUUGGCAAUAAAUGGAACACUUAGUGGAGAUGGGUGCUACCCACCUCAGCAUGUGCCUGAUGUUUUCCUGAUGUCUAUUAUUUUAUUUUUUGGGACAUUCAUUUUGUCAGUGCAAAUGAAAGAUUUUAAGAAUGCUCUUUUCUUCCCAUCAUUCGUACGCCAGAUUGUGAGUGAUUUUUCUGUGAUACUGGCAAUACUGAUGAUGUCUGGCUUGGACUUUUAUGUCGGUGUGGAAACACCAAAACUUGCUGUGCCCAGAGAAUUCAAGCCAACAUUACCUGACCGUGGGUGGCUCAUUUAUCCAUUUAAUAAUAAUCCUCCAUGGACAGCAAUUGCAGCAGUUUUGCCAGCUCUCCUGGGUACAAUUCUCAUAUUUAUGGAUCAGCAAAUCACAGCUGUUAUCGUCAACCGCAAAGAAAACAAAUUAAAGAAAGGCUGUGGCUACCAUCUAGACCUUUUUGUACUGGCUAUCUUGAUAGCAAUAAAUUCUCUUAUGGGCCUUCCCUGGUUUGUGGCAGCAACUGUGCUUUCCAUAAAUCAUGUUAACUCUCUGAAACUGGAAUCAGAAUGUGCUGCUCCUGGAGAGAAACCACAGUUUUUGGGUGUCAGGGAGCAGCGUGUCACACACAUACUAAUAUUCCUGAUGAUAGGUUUGUCUGUUGUCCUUACUCCUGUUCUUCAGCGUAUUCCAAUGCCAGUGCUUUUUGGUGUGUUUCUGUACAUGGGAGUUGCAUCACUGAAAGGUCUGCAGUUCUUUGACAGGAUCCUUAUAAUGUUCAUGCCUGUUAAAUAUCAACCAGAUUAUAUGUUUCUUCGCCAGGUGCCACUAAAACGCGUACAUAUGUUCACUUUAAUCCAGCUUGCUUGCCUUAUAGUGCUGUGGGUGAUAAAAUCAUUCAGCACAACUUCAAUUUUGUUUCCUCUGAUGCUUGUUGUAAUGAUUGGAAUCAGGAAACUUUUGGACUUUGUUUUCACUCAGCGUGAACUGAAAAUCCUUGAUGAUGUUAUGCCAGAAAUGACAAGAAGGCAUGCAGAAGAUCGAAGACAGCUGGAGUCUGGAGGAGAGGAGGGAAAGCCAAUGGAAUUUGGUCAGUCAGGAAAUCUACAAAUACCAUUAGCAAAUGGAAAUAUAAUGAAGAUUCCAUUAGCCUCAAUUAAUAUUUCUGAAGAAGUAAACAAAACAGGUAUAUGGAAACAAGUUAAUGAAGGAAAUUACAAAGAGAAAGAAGAGAAAAAGAAGAAAAGUCCUAGUAAAAACAGCUCAAAAUCUAAAAAGCGUGGGCAUAAAAGAGAUGCAAUAACUGAUGAUGAGAAGAGGAGGUUGUCAUCAAUGCCAGAGGAGGAGGAAGACGAUGGUGUGACAAUUAAGAUCGGUUCCAGUCAAAGUAUAAACACCAAAAGUGAUGCAAGAAUGAGCAGACUGAAUGAAAGUGAAACAACGGUAUAACACAAUGAGGUCUGCAUGUGUGGGUGUGUUGAAGUGUACAUAUAUGUAUUAUUAAACAGCCAGUGCCCUGUAAAUUAUUAUGUGGGUCUCUCUCUAAGAUGUUUGUAAAUGUUGUUUUAUCAGUAGAAAAAUGAAUGAUUUGUUGACAGUCUGUGUUGUGUUCCUCAGAUUAAUAAUUUACCCUGAUGUUAAUGUCUUAAAUUACAUAAUUGACUGUUAGAAUUUAUGUAAGUAUUAUUGGAUAUGCCCUGUCACACCAGGCACUUUAGACAAUGUCAGUACCAGUUUCUGCUAAAUGUUUUAGUCAAACCAACAGCAAACAUUUUAUGAUGUUUAAUUAUGUGCCAAUUUAGAAACUGAAUGAUGCUGAGUAGGUAUAACUAUUGUGGAUGCUCCAUUACUAAAGAGAUGGCAACUGCUCUCUAGUAUAUAUGUUUUGAGUACAAAUUUUAGUGGCUAAAGUAAUUGGACUUCACAAGAGUUUUAUCAGUGCUGGGUAAAUGUUUACAUGUGAGAUCUCUGCUGCAGAUAUUGAUGUCAUAUUCAGUGCUACAUUUAAAAUAGUUUAAGCAUAAAUUAAUUACAAUCAGUAAACUUCUGGACUGUGUUAUACUGCAUGGCCUAAAAAUAAUAAAACAUAAUUGUCAGUUUAUAAUUAGAUCACAUAGCAAAUUCAAAAACAAAAUUAUAGAAUUUCAUGUGUGCAGUUCUAGUCUUCACAUUUAGUGUCCACACACAUGCAUAUAACUUGAACUUAGUGGAAGUUCCUCUCUCCAGCUGUCAGAUUUUUGGGAUACCUGUUGUGCACAGAUUAUGCAUCAGUGGCAGGACAAAUGCUCAUUGAGGUGUUCUUGUAUCAGAAUAGAGGGGUCAAGGUCUGAUGGUUUUUCAUUUGAAUAUAUUCAUAUGAUGUACUGAACAAAAUAACACAUUCAGUAAUUCAGCAUUACUUUAAAAAAGAAUAUCUUGCACACAAAUUUCACAUUCACAAAUACAACUGUAAACAUGGUUGUGAGAUUUUUGAGCACUUACGUUCAGUGAAAUAAACAGGCACUGCAAACCAACAUACUGGCUGAAAAUAUUUUUUUGUUACUGUUAUAAAAUCAUUCUAAUUAUUGUUAAGUCUUUUUACACUACAAACAAUUAUCUUUCAUUUCAGUCAUUUGACCAGCUAUAUUCCAGCAAAUCUCAGGAAAAAUGGGCAAAAAUAAGAAUGUGAUAAUACAGUGGAUCGUGUGUGUGUGUGUGUGUGUGUGUGUGUGUGUGUGUGUGUGUGUUUGUGUGUGUGUGUUUAAGAAAUCAAUUACAUUACAUUUUACUUUUUCAGUGCUAGCUUGAUCUAGCUGUUUACAUAUCUGGACAUCCAGGACAUCCACUGGAGCAAUGUGUAAUAUAAAACUAGAAUGAGUUGUAAAUUUGUCAGUGUAGGUGUAAAAUUUGUUCAUAUGCUUAGAAAAAAGUUGUAAAUUCUAUUAAUUUUUGUACAGUUAAUGUUCAAAUAAAAUAGUUUUUAUAAUAAAAAUAA